AAUGUCAGUCGUAGACGUGAAGCUAUAACCUAAUUGUUAACCUUAGAAUUGCGGUUUUCGGCCCUACACAGCUCGCAUAAAUCGGACGAGGUAUUCACAACAAAAAAGAAGAAAAUAGUUGAAACACAACGUUGAGAUUCAUAUGGGUUUGAUUGAAGAUGAGUUAUCCGAAGUUAAGCAGCUCUGCGAACGCCGAAUCCACGGUUCUAAGCUCGUCGCCUGUGUGCCAUCCAUGAUCCGCGUCGAGAUUAAAAAGACCGACUUCAAACACUUUAUCGUGUGUAUGCAAUUUCCGCAAGACUACCCAAAAAGUUGCCUAAUUAUUGAACUCAAGAGCAAAACUCUAUCCGAACGCCUGCUGCAGGGCCUAUCAAAUAUCUGUGACCAGGAAUGCAAAAAGUAUCUGGGCAAGCCACAAAUCUUGCCAGCACUUACCUUUCUUCACAAUUUCAUCAAUGAAAAUGCACUGUCCUGUUGCUACGAUGAAAUAAGCAGCAUCAGAAAACUGCUGGCUGACGAUAGGGAUGAGUUCAAAUUGAGGCAGAAGUCAUCCUGUAUACAUCUAAAAGCAUUCAACAAACAGUACUACUUGAGUGCUAAACUAGUUAUACCUGAUAAUUACCCACAAACAGCGUUAAGUAUUGAAAAUGUGGAUUCCAAUUUUCCACCAUCACUCACUUAUCACAUUGUUACGCAAGCAAAGGAACUUGCUAGGCAGUGUGUGGAACCCCCCUUAAGACCCAAAAAGAAUGAUCCACCGUUUAAAAAGUCGCCAUCUUUGGAGAAAGCCUGCACAUUUAUGAUCAACAGUGUGAAACACUUGCCUGAUGAAAAAUGUCAGUACUGCAAGGAACAGGGAUUACCUCCAGAUCCAGAUUUGAUUGAAAGCAAUCCGAGCGCGCCGAAACAUGUCGAACGCGUGUAUUGCGGCCAUCUUUAUCACCUGCAGUGUCUGCAAGAGUACAUGGGCAAGCCGCCGUUCGGAAACAAACGCUGCCAGACAUGCAACAAACUAAUCUUUCAUCACAAAUGGUCGCUGAGCGAUAAACUCGCCGAAGAUCGAUGGGCGCACGAACAAGCGCGCGAGCGUGAACUCAGCGAGGUGGAAGAGUUUUUUAAAUAAAUCCCCUGCGAAAACAAAUGACAAUGUGUCGUAAUCGUUCAGACAAAUUCGACAAGGCGCAAACAUUGCCUUUUUAUCAUUUUAUUUGUUAUGAUUGGCACACAUUCUCAUUUACAAAAACAAAACUAGUUUUUUUUUUUACGAUUACGGCAAUUCUUAAAGUUGUUUGUUUGUUAACCUUCUGUACUGUGUAUGCAUUAGUGAUUUUCAUUUUCGUUCUUAUUUUCUUUUCAUAUAAUAUAAUACAAUAAUAAAUACAAUCCUUCAGUAUUUGAAACUGUGUACAAAAAAGGAUGAUUAAACAGACAAUAGUUGAAUAUCUAAA